UGGGUGUCCUCCACGAGCCUUCUUGAGGCGUGGCUUCUGUACGAUAGAUUUUUAAAAAUCCGUACGUAGACGCUCCCUGAGUGCCUCGUGGCACCGUAGUGUGCCACCACUGCCAACACAAAGCACCAAGAAAAAGCCACCACCUUCAUUUUCCACAGCCGCAGCAACUCACACACAAAGAGGUAGGUGGCUGAUCAUUAGGGUUUUAGCUAACGCUCCAAUAAUCUUCCAUAUUUUCCAUCAAUGAGGAUCAGGAAACGCUGGGAUGCUCCUCGUUAUUUUUCGUCACUUACACCGCCUCCAGCACCACCGGAUCUCGUCUCAUCAACUGCUCAACCACCGCGGCCGCUUCCAUGGCCAAGAACCCACAGACCACAAAAGCUGCUGCACCAGCAAAGCAGAAUCAACGUUUCUAUUUGCUCUAAUCAGAACCCAAGAACCGGCGUUGGAGGAGGAGGAGGGGUUGCUACAAAGGAGAAAAGGUCCACUGCAAUUAACGAGAGUGUGAAUGAUGACAAAUGCAGCAGCUCCAUUAGUACAGAAACAUCAGCUGCAAACUCGGUUUCUUCAUCCUUAUCUCGCCAUGGAUGGUGGUAUGAGGAAGAGAAAGUGUUUCCAUUGAAGAAAAGAAGGAUUAGCUUGGAAAGAUUCACAACUCAAGAAUGUGAAAACAAGAACAAGGAGAUGAAGGAGGUCACCAAUGCCAGUUGGAGGUGCAGAAGGGCAAAUGGUGUUGGAUGGAGAUGCAGCAAGCAGAGACUAGAAGGCUAUGCCAUGUGUGAGCACCACAUUAAUCACUCAAGGAUGAGAGAUCAGAAACGGCGUCGAAAUCCUCCAUCAAAUGCAUCCCGAAGGUACUGGGGAUCGAAUCAGCAGCAGGAAGUUGGAAAAGAUUUUAGGGUUGGUAAGAAGAGGAGGAGCAGGAGGAGGAGGAUGCUGAUGAUAAGCACUAUACUUGACCGAACAGUGCCUUUGCUUGCUACUAGCUAGUAGCUAGAGGCACAAACAAUUUGUAGGUUUCUAAUAAUUAGAAGAACAUUGCCAUGUA